AUGUCUGUGGCGGGAUCCCUGCCUCUGUCCUGCCGCGCCCGAACAUGUCCACUGAUUGUUGAUUGUGCCACUACAAUUCCUCUUCCCUCCAUCGACGGCCCUAUCCACGCGCGCCUCAUCAAUUUCGAGCAAGCAUUCCUCCAGACUGACCAGCCGCCACUCGCAAAAGUCCGGACGCCCUUGGUUUUCCGAGUUCCAGAGACACUGCUCGACACGACGUGGGACCUGCGCAUAGAUAUCGGGUCUCUGGGAUGUACCAUCUUCGAAUUCGUCACGGGGCAGCCGUCGUUCGACAAUUUCAUGCCGAGAAAGGCGCCCUUGGUCUUGGAGUGGAUCGCGAAGAAUCCCUUGGGCGGGUAA